CUGGGGCCCGGCAGUCCCGGGCCUCGGGCUGACCUAGCCGGCCUCUGGGGCGCCCCGGCGCUUGUCGCCUGCGGCCGGAGAGCGCCUGCCGCCUCUUCCUCGCUCUUCGCGGCUCCCAGCCCGGCUCCCGGCCUCUGGUUUGGGGGUGGGCGGCAAGGUCUGCCUACUGGCCCCGGCCGGGGCUGGCACUUCCGGCCCCGGGAGUGGGGAUGAGGGGGUGUCCGCGCCCCCAGCCUCCCCCGCCUGCGGUCCCGAGAAGGCGGGCCGACCCCUUCGCUUCUGGCAGGAUUGAAACUCCAAGAUGGCUGACCGGGACUCCGGGGCCAUCAGCCCCUUCCAGCAGAUGGUGGCCUCAGGCGCGGGGGCUGUGGUCACCACCCUCUUCAUGACACCCCUGGAUGUGGUGAAGGUCCGCUUGCAGUCUCAGCGCCCCUCGAUCUCCAGUGGGCUGACGCCACCUUCCAGACUCUGGAGCCUCUCGUACACCAAAUUGCGGCCUUCUCUCCAACCCACAGGGAAGUGCCUUCUCUACUGCAAUGGUGUCCUGGAGCCCCUGUACCUGUGCCCAAAUGGUGCCCGCUGUGCCACCUGGUUUCAGGACCCCACUCGCUUCACUGGCACCAUGGACGCCUUUGUGAAGAUCGUGAGACAUGAGGGCACCAGGACCCUGUGGAGCGGCCUCCCAGCCACCCUGGUGAUGACUGUGCCUGCCACAGCCAUCUAUUUCACCGCCUACGACCAGCUCAAGGCCUUCCUCUGCAGUCGAGCCCUGACCUCUGACCUCUACACACCGAUGGUGGCUGGUGCCGUGGCUCGCUUGGGCACCGUGACUGUGGUCAGCCCCCUGGAGCUGGUGCGGACCAAACUGCAGGCUCAGCACGUGUCGUACCGGGAGCUGGGCACCUGUGUCCGGGCUGCGGUGGCUCAGGGCGGCUGGCGCUCGCUCUGGCUGGGUUGGGGCCCCACUGCCCUUCGGGACGUGCCCUUCUCAGCCCUGUACUGGUUCAACUACGAGCUGAUGAAGAGCUGGCUUGGCAGGCAUAGGCCGAAGGACCAGACAUCGGUGGGCAUCAGCUUUGUGGCUGGUGGCAUCUCGGGCACGGUGGCAGCCAUCCUGACUCUGCCUUUCGAUGUGGUGAAGACUCAGCGCCAGGUUGCUCUGGGAGCUGUGGAGGCUGAGCGAGUGACGCCCCUGCGCGCUGCCUCCACCUGGCUGCUGCUGAGGAAGAUCCUGGCUGAGUCGGGCACCAGGGGGCUCUUUGCAGGCUUCCUCCCCAGGCUCAUCAAGGCCGCCCCCUCCUGUGCCAUCAUGAUCAGCACCUAUGAGUUCAGCAAGAGCUUCUUCCAGAGGCUCAACCGGGAACGGCCUCUGGGCCCUUGAGUGGGGCCUAGGAUGAGGACCCCAUCUCUUCACAGGCAGGGUAGAGCAGGAGACUGAGCCAAGUGCCUUUUCCUCAGCACUGAGGGGAGGGGUCCCAAGGGUGCGGGCUGCCCCUCCAGGCGCGCCCAGGCUCUCCUCAGACAGCUUUUUUCCUGCUGAGCCCCACAGAUCAUCACUUUCCUAUCCCCCCCGCCCCCCAAAUUUCAAGACCAAAUUUGCUAACUGCUCCUCUGUCCCAGCGCUUCCCUGCGUGUUUGCUGUAGCGGGCCUGCACCCAGGAGCCAAACACCCUGGGCUGGUUGUAGCCUGUACCCACCCUGUUUGUUCCUUGAGUCUAAAGAUGAUGAACUCUC